AUGUCAGACUACAGAAAUUACGGGCCAUUCUACGCAGCGGCCGCUGGUCUCACCGGCGCGAUCCUUUUCACCAAUACCGGCCUCUUUCUAGCAAGUCUCUGUGUUUGUCGCCGCCUAGGAGACCAGGCCCGUGGCUUCGUCAGAUGGCUGAAGGUCUCUUUCCCCUUCUUCGGCGGAUUCCUGUUCUUUCACACCCUCGCAUGCGUCCUCGGAGCCUUGCUAUGGUACGAUGUCAUUUGGAACUCGGGUGCCUACCGUGUCUCUUGGAACAUCGACUCGUUUUUCUAUAUGAUCGCCAAGGCCGCCGUCGUCCUGACAUUCUCGUCUCUCAUUCGCGGCAUCUUAUUCGCACGGAAUAGCACCCCGGCGAAGUUGUCGGCUCCAGCCCGCAUUGCCGGCAUCCUCUUCUUCGUCCUUGUCGUCAUACUCUCAAUCGUCUACUUAGGCGUCGCAAUCUACGCCAACGUUGGCUAUUACCAGCGCACGACUGGCAGGCAUGCCUGGAGAAUCGAGGGGGCUAUCAACAUUAUAAUCUUUGUAAUCUCCGUGUUCUUGCUGGCGUUAUCUGCCUUGGUCUUGACCAAGGUCAAGCAGUUUGCCCACUUGAAGAAGGCUGCGACGAUCCUUCUCGUCGCAUCUGUCUUUUUCUUUAUCGAGAAUCUCUUCAGGGUCGUCUGGAUCGGACUCUACGGAGGACUUACACUAGAGUCGGAAAUCGCCAUCUCUCCAGACUAUGGUCUCAUUCUCGAGUUCAUUUUCUCUACCAUCCCCUUCUUCCUGACCCUCGUCACCCUUUUCCAUCUCGGCCGCAACAAGAACGCCCUGGCCUCUCCUCCCACAAUCAUCGCUCCCGCCGGCGUCGCUGCCGUGCAACCCGUGCAGUACGCCGGCCAGCCUGCCGUUCCCGGCCAAGUUUACGCGCAGUAUCCCACUGGCCAGUAUCCUGUGCCCCAGAAUUACGCCUAUGGGCAGCCCCAGGGACAGCAGGCGUGGCAACCCGGCAUGUACUAUUACCCUCAACAGCCGAUUCCGCAACAGCAAAUACCGGCGGCUACGUAUGCCCCGCAACCGGCCCAGCCCCAGACACAGCCUACCCCUCAAGCUCCGUCAGCCGAAUUGAGAAGCACCCCGGCGCCAAACACAAUCAGUAGCAUGUCUACUACGCCGAUACAGUCGCCGGUACCGACGCCGAUCCCGCAACUAUCCGAGCUCGGCCAAAGUAAGGAGAAGCCGUGA